AUGAUCCUCGGCGGGGAGCUGCCCAACGCCUUUUUGGGCCUGACCUUUACCUUUUCGGCCCAAACCAGGGCCGGGGUGCUGCAGGGGUCGCUCAUGGCGAAGUUCGACAAGCGCCGCUCGCGCGUUUACGGGGCGCCGACGGGGAAACAUUUUCUCGUUUUUAUCGACGAUGCGAAUUUACCGCAGCCGGAGCGGUACGGCGCGCAGCCACCGCUGGAGCUGCUUCGACAACUUCUCGGCCAUGGCGGGUUUUACUCCCUCGUGGGGGGGAUUCGAUGGAAUACCAUUAUCGACACCUCGCUCAUUCUAGCCAUGGGCCCGCCAGGGGGGGGCCGCGCGCAGGUUUCGAACCGAUUUAUGCGGUUUUUCAACUAUUUGUCCUUCCCCGACAUGUCCAACACCUCCAAGCGGCUCAUCCUAAGUACCAUCCUCUUCAGCGGGCUCGCCCAUCAAAAGGUCGCGGAGGAUAUCCGGGAGAUCGGGGCAAAUAUGGUGGAAAGCACGCUGCGCGUUUUCCAGAAGUCCUGCAAGAUGUUCUUGCCGAUCCCCGCGCAUGUGCACUACUCGUUUAACAUGCGUGAUGUCAUGCGCGUCUUCCCGAUGUUGUACUCGAGCGAGGAAAAGACGGUGCAAUCGAGAGAGGAGUUGGUGAAGAAAUGGCUGCAUGAAAUGCAACGCGUCUUUAGCGAUCGGCUGAUUAACGACGAAGACAAAGCGGCCUUCACGCAGCUUUUGGAGAAAGAAAUUCGCGAGAUGGGGUUCACCGAGCCCUACGAGGAGUUUAUCGGGUCCCGGCGGCUCAUUUUCGGAAGUUUUAUGACCACCCAUAAGGGCUAUGACCAGAUAACGGACAUGGUGGCCCUGACGAACCGCUUCGACGAGUUGUUGGCGACCUACAACGAGGAGAACGAGAAUCGUAUGGACUUGGUUCUCUUUUUGGAUGCGAUCGAGCACGUCUGCCGCAUUUUCCGAGUUUUGUGCAUGCCGAGCGGGCAUUGCCUCCUCCUCGGCAUCGGUGGCUCCGGUCGAAAGUCCCUCACGCGCCUGGCGUGUUAUUUGAUUCAGGAGAUGGAGAUCUUUACGGUGGAGAUCACCAAGAGCUUUGGGGUCAAGGAAUGGCACGAAACCCUCGCGCGGUUGCUGUUGGAAUGCGGGAUGAGUGAUAAAAAGCGCACGUUUCUCUUCUCCGACACCCAAAUCGUGCAGCCGGUCUUUCUGGAAGACGUCACGGCGUUGUUGACCUCCGGCGACGUCCCCAAUCUCUUUGAGGACCAGGACUUGGAGCUCAUCAACGAGAAAUACCGCGGCAUCUGCAUCAGCGAGAGCCUGCCAACCACCAAAGUCUCCAUCUACGCGCGGUUUGUGAAGGAGGUGCGAUCGAAUCUACACCUGGUGUUGGCCUUUUCCCCGAUCGGCGACGUCUUUCGGACCCGAAUGCGGAUGUUCCCCUCCCUGAUUGCGUGUUGUACGAUCGAUUGGUUCGCCGAGUGGCCCGGGGAGGCGCUGUUGUCCGUCGCCCGGGUCCACCUCGCGCAGGGCUUCGCCGGCGGGGGGGGAACGAAGGCCCGCCGCCGCUCGAGCGUCCCGGGCGAGAUCCCCAAGGACUUCACCGACCUGGUGGAGUGUUUUAAGACCUUCCACGUCCUCGCGGAGGAGGUCACGGAGGUCUUUUUCGCCGAAACCCGGAGGCGGUCCUACGUGACGCCGACGUUGUACCUGUCCUUUUUGGGCGGCUUCGGCGACGUGUUGCGGGGCCGCCGGCGCGACCUGCACGAGCAGCGCCUGCGCCUCGAGAACGGCCUGGACAAGCUUCACGACACCGAGGCCCGCGUCGCCGAGCUCGAGGCCCAACUCAAGGCCCAGCAGCCCCUCCUGGAGACCAAGCGGGAGGAAAUCCAGGUCAUGAUGGAGCGCCUGACCGUCGAUCGCAAGGAGGCCGCGCUGAAGGAGGCCGACGCCCGCAAGGAGGAGGCCGCGGCGUCGGUGAAGGCCGAGGAGUGCGCGCGAAUGCGCGGCGAGUGCGCGAACCGCCUUGCCGAGGCGGAGCCGGCCCUGGCGGAGGCCGUGAAAGUCCUGUCGAAAAUCAAAGCGUCGGAGAUUGCGGAGUUGAACAAGUACCAAAGCCCCCCGAAAGGGGUGCAGUACGUGAUGGAGGCGGUGGCGGUUUUGCUGACGCUUGGGAACUGCCCGAAGGAGUAUUACACGGGGCCCGCGGGGAGCAAAAAGACGCCGGACUGGUGGUUGUGCGCGAAGUCCUACAUGAAAGACGCGAACCGCCUGCUCGAGACGAUGGUGCAGCCGCCGGAAAAAGGGGGGUUUAACCGAGAAGCGAUGGACACCCCGCUGAUUGAGAAAAUCCGAGUUUACUGCGAUAACGAGGAGUUCCAGCCCGAGAAGGUUCGCUCGGUGUCCUUGCCGUGUAUGGCGAUGUGUUUGUGGGUGCGCGCGAUGUACCGGUGGUUUUUCGUCAAUCGGGAGAUUCAGCCGCUGCGGAAGCGCCUGGAGGCCUCGGAGGAGGAGCUGGCCCGCGUGACCAAGGCCCUCCAUCACACGCGAUCCGUCCUGGACCACGUCAUCGCCGCCGUCGAGGCCCUCGAGCGCGAGUACGCCGAGGCGGUUCAGACCCAAACCGAACUCGAAAAUAAGGUGGAGCAGACCAGCCUCAAACUCCAGCGCGCCGCGCGGCUGAUUAAUGGGCUGGGGGGGGAGAAGAUCCGCUGGACGGACCUGGUGGCCCGCUAUAACGAGGAGGAGAAAUACAUCGUCGGCGACGUCCUCAUCGCCACCGCGACGAUCUCCUACUGCGGCCCCCUCACCGGGCUUUAUCGCAAGCAGCUGCUCGACAAAUGGAAGGACGUGCUGAAGGCCAAUAACGUGCGGAUCAGCGCGGAAUGCAAUCUCGUCCAUACCAUGGGCGACCCCGUCAAAAUACAAGAAUGGCAGCUGAACGGCCUCCCGUCGGAUUUGCUAUCGACUGAAAACGCCAUCAUCAUGGCCAACUCGCGCAAUUGGCCGCUUCUCAUCGACCCGCAAGGACAGGGCAACGCGUGGAUUCGGAAUAUUUACAAAAAUGACAACCUGCAGGUCUGCAAGGCGUCGAGCGGCCGCUUCAUGAAGACCAUCGAGCAGGCCAUCCGUCUCGGUCUGCCGUGUUUGCUGGAGAAUGUCGGGGAGUCCUUGGAGGCGGCGCUGGAGCCGGUUCUGCUGAAAAACAUAUUCCUUAUCGGCCGAACCCCCCACGUUCGCAUCGGCGAUAGCGCCAUCCCGUACGAUACGAACUUUAAGCUCUACAUCACGACGAAAUUGUCCAACCCGACCUACACCCCGGAGACCAUCGUCUCGGUCUCCCUGCUGAACUUCUUUAUUACCGCGAACGGGCUGGAGGAGCAGCUUCUCGCCAAGACGGUGGGGGUGGAGCGGAGCGAUUUAGAGCAGGAUAAGCAAAAACUAACCAUCGACAGCGCCAAUAAGCAGAAGGAGCUGAAGGAGAUCCAAAGCAAUAUUCUACAACUCCUGGAAGAGGCCGAAGGGGACAUCCUGGAGCAGGAGGAGCUGAUUGACACCCUCGAAAAGAGCAAAACCAAGUCGACGGAGAUCAACGAGUACCUGCAGAAAUCGAAGGAGACAACGAAGAUUAUUGAUGAUACGCGAAAUAAGUACCGACCGCACGCCGAGCGUGGCGUUCUUCUUUUCUUUUGCGUGUCGAAGCUCUCGACGAUCGAUUCCAUGUGCCAGUUCUCCCUACAAUGGUUUUUUAAUCUUUUUCUUCGCGCGGUCAAGGAUGCCAAGCCCGCGGAGGACGUCGAGGAGCGGGUGGCAAACCUCAUCGACUACUUUAUGUUCUCCUUCUACUGCAAUGUCUGCCAUUCCCUUUUUGAGAAGCAUAAACUCACCUUUUCCUUUUAUUUGUGCACCGCCGUCCAGCAGCAGCGCGGUGAGUUGGAUGAGGAGGAGUUUCGCUACUUUCUCAGGGGACCGACGCGCCGAAUCGAUUCCAGGCCGAACCCGGACCCGAGUUGGAUCACCGAUAACAUGUGGACCGAAGUUCAGUUCGUCGCCUCCCAGCUUCCUUUUUUCAAAGGCUUUGACGUGCAUAUGGCGAAGCAUAUUGCCCACUACAAGGCGAUUUUCGACAGCCCGGACUCCGACCUGCACAACGUCGCCUUGGCGGCCGAGCGCGCGAACACGGGCAGCCUUCUUGAACGGCUCAUUCUCUUUCGCUGCAUUGGCAAGGAUAUGAUCCCCGCCAUCCAGCAAUACGUCAAACAUUAUAUCGGCGAGCGCUAUAUCAUCGUCCCGCCCUUUGACGUGGCCGACGCGUACAAGGACAGCGAUUGUUUAUCGCCCCUAAUCUUCAUCAACUCCCCAGGGUCGGACCCGAUGAACGAUUUGAUGCGGUUUGCGGAGUCCAUGCACAUGCUUCGUCGGCUGGACAAGGUCUCUCUUGGCCAGGGCCAGGGCAAAAAGGCCGAGGAGUACAUCGCCCUCGGCCGGGAAAGAAUCCAGUGGGUCCUCCUGCAGAACUGCCACCUCGCCAUUUCGUGGAUGCCCGCGUUGGAGGCGAUUGUAGAGAGCUUUACGGCCGAAACGGUGAAUAAGGAAUUCCGAUUAUGGCUGACCUCGAUGCCCUGUGAGGCCUUUCCCGUUUCAGUUCUUCAGAUUUCGGUGAAGAUGACUAACGAACCGCCGAUGGGGCUUCGCGCGAAUGUCUCCCGCUCCUACUAUGGCCUCGCCGAUACCGACCUGGACGUCACCCACGACCCCGCGAGCUAUAAGAAGUUGGCCUUCUCGCUCUGCCUCUUUCACGGCGUGAUUCAGGAGCGGCGGAAGUUCGGCUCGCUGGGCUUCAACAUCUCCUACGAAUUCAACGAUUCCGAUCGCCACGUCUGCCUGAUGCAGCUUCAGAAGUUUAUCGAUCUCUACGACAGCAUUCCCUUUGAGGUGUUGAUGUUCCUCACGGGGGAGAUUAAUUACGGCGGCCGCGUCACCGAUGACUGGGAUCGGCGCUGUAUGAUGACGCUGAUUCGGCAUUAUUUGAGCCCGGCGGUGCUCAACGUGGGCUACGCCUUCUCCCCCUCGGGGGUUUAUCGCACCUUGGAGCCGAGCAAUCGCGCCGCCUACCUCGAGCACCUCCACAACUUCCCGCUCAACCCGAAGCCCGAGAUUUUUGGCCUCCACGAGAACGCCGAUAUCACCUGCGCGCAGAACAUCACCUCCGGGAUCCUCUCCACCGUACUUUCCCUGAUCUCGCAGACCUCCAUUACCGGCAAGGCCGCCAGCAAAGACGCGCAGCUUCGGGAUAUGGCGGAGACGAUCCAAAAACAGCUCCCCGAGCCUUUUGACGAGGAGGCGAUUGCCGCCAAGUACCCGACCCGCUACGAGGAGUCGAUGAACAUCGUGUUGGUUCAGGAGGUGAUGCGGUAUAACCGGCUGCUUCGCUUUAUCCACGCCAACUUAACGGAGUUUUUAAAGGCGAUUCGCGGCGAGGUCCUCAUCUCGGCCGAGCUCGAGGCCGUCGGGACGAAUUUCUUUCUCAACAGCGUCCCGACGGCGUGGGCCGCCCUGGCCUACCCUUCCCUCAAGCCCCUUUCGAGCUGGGUGGAUGAUUUGGUGCGGCGCAUUCAAUUCAUUCGGACCUGGUUUAACCAAGGCCCCCCGACGGCGUUCUGGAUCGGGGGCUUUUUCUUCCCGCAGGCAUUCCUCACCGGGACCCUGCAGAACUACGCGCGGCGCCUGCAGAAGGCGAUCGACACCAUCUCCUUCGACUUCAACCUCCUAUCCACGACGGGCAGUGAGUGGGAGCGGCUGGGGAAGCCCGAAAAGGGGGCGUUGGUCUACGGGCUUUAUAUGGAGGGCGCGCGAUGGGAUGCGGAGGGACGGAGGCUGGAGGAGUCCAGGCCACGGGAGUUGUAUACGGAGAUGCCCGUCAUUCACUUCGAUCCGGUCGUCAAUCAGGUUCCCGAUCCGGCCAAGUUUGUCUGCCCGGUCUACAAAACACUAACACGGGCGGGAACGUUGAGCACGACGGGGCACUCGACAAACUUCGUACUGCCCAUCCACAUCCCGACAGAGACGGAUCCCUCGCACUGGGUGGAGCGCGGCGUCGCGUGCUUUGUUUCGUUGAAUUUUUAA